AGCAUCCUUACUGCUUUUGUCGUGCUAAUUUAAAUUUCGAGAGAUUAAACUUUCGAGAUCUGAUAAACUGGUGCAAUAUGAGAAAAUCUUGAUAAGGAAUAAAACGCAGAAAGAGAAUUACAAUAAGCCUUUAAUUUAAAUUUUAAAAGUUAAGUUUUUAAAAGUUAUUUCUUACUCUAUGCUGUAGGAUAGGUAACGUUCAUUAUUUUAACCUUAACCUCAAUGAAUAAUAGUGCGGUGAUUUAACGACGUACAAAACAAUCACGGAUAUCAUACACAAGAAAAAAGAUAAUACAACGAUAAUAAUGUCAGAAGAAAUUUUGUCGAGAGAUUUAAGAACUGGGUUGAAUCUUGAUAAAGAUGAAAGGGACCCCUCAACGUUAUCACAAUUAUUUGACAAUGCUUUCGAGCUAUUCAACAGUAUUAAUAAUUCGCAAGAACCGACGAAUAGUCCAAAAAUACAGUCAGACAUAAGGCAGACAAUGCGUAUGUUCGAAGAUGCAACAAAACUGGUAUCUAUAGUGAAUAUGUUCAGUGACAAUGAAACUUUCGAAGAGGUAGCUACAGAGAAUAUCAAGUAUUUCUUACUACCAGCUCUGUUGGGCAAACUUACUACCAAAAUAUGUGGCAAUGAUGACAGACUGCACCUUGUUAAAGUAACAGAAAUCUAUUUUGUGGACUUUUUGAAACGGCUGAAAAGAUAUGGUCUGACAGAUGUCAAAAUACCAAAGAUUGAUGACAACAACGAAGCAGGAGAUAAUCAAAACAAAUUGAAGACUGAAUCUAGUAUGUUGGAGGAUAUGGUAACUCGUAGAAAUACAAAGUUACAAAGAUAUAAAGAAGAGAAAGAUUUGGAAUCUCAUUUAAAUACUUUAAAGAAAAAUUUAGACAAUCCAAAUGUGGAUGACGAGAUAAAAAGAGAAUACUUUGUUACUCUUCUAAAGUUAUAUGCAGUUCAGAUAGUAGAAGAAUUGAAUUUCUUGGAAACAGAAAAAACAAUUUUGGAAAAGAUGAAGGAAAUGGGAUCAACGCCUACUAUGGCUUCCAAAUCACAUAUGACUCAAAAGCGAAAAUUAUCAACUCCAAAAUUACAACCUAUUAUCAUUACGCGUGAUGAAGCACAGAAAAAAGUCUUUGGAGUAGGUUAUCCAAGUUUACCAGUCUUAACGGUUGAAGAGUUUUACGAACAAAGGGUCAAAGAUGGAGAUUGGCCUGAUCCGUCACAGCGUAAUGGAGCAAAUUCUCGAUGUUUGCAAGAAAUGAUGAAUGAAGGAACAAGCGCUAACAAUGAGGAGAACGAAGCCAUCUUGAAAGAGGAUAUGGAAGAGAAAGAUGAUUCCGAGCACCUCGCACAAGCGCGCGCAAUGGAUGAAUAUAAAGAUAUGUAUCGUCGCGGAUGGGGUAAUCGUGCUAACAGAAGUUAAAUUGAAAAUUUAAUUGUUGCACGUUACAAUAUUCUGUGUCUCGGUAUGUUUUUUGUUUUUCUGUUUUUAUAGCAUUUGAAUACUGUGACCUUAUAUCAAAUCAUUUUUUAUUUGAUUUAUUUAAAAUUGCAAGUCUAAUAAGAUUUUUCGACUAGUGAUAUAUAUUCUGUUCUAUAAGCAGGAGGAUGUUAAUUUUUUAAAAGAAUAGUGUAAUCAUACAUGUAUAUAUCUAUACUUUAUUAGUAAAUCUAAACAAAACUACAUUUUUGUAGUAAAGUGAACAAGAAUUUAAUAAUCGCGAUUAAAAAUUUUCGGCAAAAUAAAAAAUAUAGUUUUGCACAAAACUAUAUAUAUAUAUAUAUUCCGCUUCGUGUAUAUAAAAUAAUAUUAAAAUAAUAUACAAGAGCGUGUUGAUUGUGAACAAAGAAACAAGUUCUUUAUCACAGUUCGAUGUUAUAAUAUGUAUUGUGCUGCAAACUCAUCGAAACAUGGGAAUAAAACCAUUAAAUAAUUUAU